GAGGGUGCACUGAGGGAGGCCAAGGAAGGGGCCAUGAAGGACAAGCGGCGCUACCAGCAGGAGGUGGAUCGCAUCAAGGAGGCCGUGCGGUACAAGAACUCCACCAAGCGCGGCCACACGGCGCAGAUCGCCAAGCCGGUGCGGUCUGGGCAUUACCCAGCCUCGCCCACCAACCCCUACGGUGCCCGCCACUCCCACUGCCUCAGCUACACCAACAGCCUCUUCCAGAACUACCAGGCGGCCUACGGGCAGGGCUCGGAUGCCUACUUUGCCAACGCCUCGUCCAGCAGCGGCACCGGCUCCUCUGGCGGCUCCCAGGAC